AUGAGUGUGACCUCCUGGUUCCUGGUGAGCAGCGGGGGAACGCGCCACCGACUCCCCCGGGAAAUGAUCUUUGUGGGUCGGGACGACUGUGAGCUCAUGCUGCAGUCCCGCAGUGUGGACAAGCAGCACGCAGUCAUCAACUAUGAGGCUGGAAAUGAUGAGCACAAGGUCAAGGACCUGGGCAGUUUGAAUGGGACCUUUGUGAAUGAUGUCCGCAUUCAGGAACAGAUGUACAUCACUCUGAAGUUGGAAGACAAGCUGAGGUUUGGAUAUGAUAUCCUUUCAGUUAGAACAGCAGGUUGUAGUUGUGAUGUUAUGUUCCUUAGCCUCUUUGUCUCACAUACAAAUCUCUUCACGGUGGUGCGAGGUGAGCUCACUGUACCUGAAGAGGCUCUCAAGCAUGAAAAGUUCACCAGCGGCCUCCAGCUCAGCAAGAAGCCAAACAGCUGUGAAACCACAACCAACACCACCACCAGUAAAUCUCCAACUAAGACCCCAACAAAGACGCCAAAGCCUCCCAGUGCGAGCAACACAAAGUCUGUGGAGAGACGAGUAACAGAUGGGGUCUCUUCCUCUAAAGAGCCAUCCUCCAAACCUGUGGACCCUCACAAAGCAGAUGACAGAGUAGGAGGCGAUGCCACAGCGGUGCCUCGUGGGACCCCCCUGUAUGGCCAGCCGUCUUGGUGGGGCGAUGGAGAUGCAGAUGAUGAGAAUUCCUUCAAACAGGAAACCAAGUCACCCUCUUCAAAGAAAAACGACAGCUCCAUCUCAGAGAGCAAAGAGGCCCGUUGUGGUGAUAAAACUAAAGACGACAGCCUUCAUGCAUCAUCUGCCAACGAUUCCAGCUACUUUGAGCUCCCGACCAAGGAAGGGCACAUGGCCAAUAAUGGCAUCCAUGAGAUCCCUACUAAGGAUACAGAGGGUGCUCCAGGUCAGAACCAAAUCACGACAGCCCAAGGUCACGCCUCCUUCACCAUAGAGUUUGACAACACUUCUCCUGGGAAAGUCACCAUUAAGGACCAUGUGUCAAAGUUCACACCAGAGCAACACAGAUCUCGCUCCAAGAAGAGUGGAGGAGGAAGCGGAGGCACGGGAGGCAGGGAUCUGAGUACUCUGCAAGCUGCCAUGAUGGCGUCAGAGAGCAAGGUGGCUGAUUGGCUGGCUCAUAAUGACCCGACUCUGGUGCGCAGUGAGUCGACGGAGGACGACAGCAAGAGCAUUAAAAGCGACGUGCCAGUUCAUCUGAAAAGACUUAAAGUAGGCAGCAAACAUGAGGAUGGCACCCAGAGUGACUCAGAGAACGGACUGGGCCUCCGUUUUGCAAACCGCCGCCAUGCCCUCGAAGAGCGCCUGAAAACACACGCCCAAGCGGGAGGAAACACUAAUGUUGGUGGGACCAAAGCAACUGGAACCCGCACGGCCUUCAUGAUAGAGUUCUAUGAUGAAGAAAAUCCUCGCAAGCGUCGGUCUUAUUCGUUUUCUCAGACUGCUCCACUCCUAGGAGCUGGAGCAGGUGGAGAAGGACUGUGUCCUCAGCCGCCAUCACACCCCAAAGUGUUUAGUAUUUCCACCUCUGCCACGACGGCCUCAGACUCAGGUAAGGCCCCAGCUCCAAUCCCAGCUACAGUGACCGCUGGUGCCCCGACUGCUGCACGUGUGCUGCUCAAGCAAAGGUCGGAGGAUCCCAGUAUAGGUCGGAGCUCAGCCAGCACGGGGCUGGCGACAGGCAGCCCCACCAGCCCCAGUGAGGACACCUCAGUGGUGGGCAGAGGAGCAGGGACUGCUGAGGGCGAGGCAGAGGACGACCAUAGCGAUAAGGGGACUUACACUAUCGAACUGGAGAACAAAAACCCAGAGGAAGAGGAGGCCAGGCGCAUGAUAGACAAGGUGUUUGGUGUGCAGGAGAACACAGAAGCCUCUAUUCUGUCAGACCUGAACGAAGGAGGGAAAGGAAAGGAGACAGGAGAAAUUGGGAAAGAGGCUCUUCCCGGGGACUCGAGCUGGGUUUCUCAGUGGGCCAGUUUAGCUGCCAAUCACACCAGGACAGACCCAGAGGGAUCUGGGGCAGAGGCAGGCACCUACCAACACAAAGAGAGAGGAGCAGAUGCCUUUGAGUCUGGUGCACCACUCUGCAAAGGUGAAUCCUCUUCCAGUCUGACAGACCGCAAACGCAGGACCCUCCCCCAGCUCCCCGUGGAUGACCCCCGGACUAAAUCAGGUCAGAAAGCACUGAGGUCUGAGAUCGGAGAGAAACAGGACACUGAGCCCCAGGAAAAAGAGAACAAGGCAGACGGAGAGUCCCCGUCUCCUAUGGAGGACAGUGAGAUGACCAGUAAAAGGAAACAAAGCUCCACCUCCUCUCCAUCCAAGGCUCCUGUCCGGACCUCUGGCAGCAGUGAACGGAGGAAGAGGUCAGAGGAAAGGAAAGGAGGAGGGGAAGAAGGAGGAGAGAAGUCUGGGAAACCUCUAGUCCGCCAGGGCAGCUUCACCAUUGAGAAGCCCAGCUCUAAUGUCCCUUCAGAGCUCAUCCCCCGCAUCAACAGAGGCAGCAGUGCACUGGAACGCAGCGACUCUGUGGGCAGCAUGGACACCGCUACCCUGCUGAAGGACACCGAAGCCGUCAUGGCGUUCCUGGAGGCUAAACUGCGAGAUGAGAAUAAACUGGAUCCGAAAGGCAGCAAAAGCGGCAUCGGCACUCAGGGUUCGGGUUCUGGCCUCCCCCAUCGGACCGACUCCAUCUCUCCUGAAUCGGACGUGGACACAGCCAGCACCGCCAGUCACGUCGCAGGAGAAGCAGAGAGGAAGACAGCAGCUGGAGGCGCUCAGAAGCGGCGCUCCCUCAGCAGCAUGCACCGGGAGAAGAGCAACAUGAGCACAGCCUCCAAGACCAGCACCACAAACGCCAGCGCUCGCGAACGCUUGGAGAGGAAGACUAAGAGCAGAACAGUCGAGCCAGCGACCCGAACUGACGCACGGCGCUCCGCUCAGCCAUCCUCCUCCUCCCGAGCACGCCAGCCCUCUGUGGAUCUCACUGACGACGACCAGACAUCUUCCUUUCCCAUCUCUGACAUCCUGUCUUCAGACCAGGAAACCUACUCUGGAUCUUUGGGGUACUCGGCGCAUAGACGUGGCUCGGAGGACGUCCUCCAUUCCAAGCUGGAUGGCAGGUCGGCCAAAUCCACCGUCAGCGGCUCCUCCAAAAGCAGCCGGACUCUCCAGGCGGCCACGGCCUCCUCCCUCAACAAGCAGGCCUCGCUGCCCCAGCCGCGGCCCACAAGAGCCUCCCUUCUCCGCCGCGCCCGUCUGGGAGACACUUCGGAUACAGACCUAGCCGACGCAGACAGGGUUUCUGUGGCCUCUGAAGUGUCCACCACCAGCUCCACCUCUAAACCACCGUCUGGCCGGAAAGGAAUGUCCCGGCUCGACUUGCUGGCACAGCCGCGGAGAAACCGCCUGGGCUCCAUCUCCGCCCGGAGCGACUCCGAGUGCACGGUGACGCGGAGCUCCACCUCUUCCACCCGCCUGUCGGCCGAGACCGCUCUGCGCCUCGGCCUGCGUUCAACCACACCCACGGAGAACAGGUUGACCCCCCGGAUGAGAGCCAGCAGCGUGUCGAAACUGAACGAGAGCAAGACAAAGAGCACGUCUGGAUACUGCUCCCCUACAGAGAGCUCUCAGCCCGAACCUGCAGGUGGUGAUGCAGAGGAAGAGCUGAUGGUGUCCAGCAGCAGCAGAUGGAGGCGUCUGCCACCGGAGUACGGCUCCACCUCAGAGGAAGAGUUCGGCUCCAGCAGGAACUCUCCAAAACAUGGAGCUCGCUCUCACGUGCGGCCUCAUCACCUGGUCCCACACCGCAGCUCAAGGCUCAGCGCCGCCACAGGCUCCGGCUCCGGCGGGGUGCCGGGUCCAGGCGGAAUACCCAUCAAGCACCGCAUGAAAGAGCAGGAGGAGUACAUCAGGGACUGGACGGCGCACAGCGAGGAAAUAGCCAGGUUAUUCCCCUGUGUGCGCAGGAUCAGCCAGGACCUGGCUAAGGACCUGGCCAUUCUAGCCCGCGAAAUUCACGACGUGGCCGGUGAGAUCGACUCAGUCAGCUCAUCUGGCACGGCGCCCAGCACCACCGUCAGCACAGCCGCCACCACCCCGGGAUCGGCCAUUGACACCCGGGAAGAGGUAGGCCCUGCACGUCCCACGCAGCCGGAUAUUCAGGAGAGUAUGAAAAAGUUGGUGGAUCGAGUGUUCGACGAGAGCCUCAACUUUAGAAAAAUACCACCAGUCAUCUCCACCAAUAAGGCGCCAGAGAUUAAUGGUAAACCGGUGGAGCACCGACCCCGAGCUCCCGACAGUCUGGAGCCCAGAGCCUUGAGGAGACGCACCUGGAACAGAGAGGAUGCGGUGUUGGACAGCCUCCUGCUCCACUCAGUUUCCCAGCUGUCAUCCAAGAUCAGACACUCUGUAGACAAAACAGCAGGAAAGAUCAGGAUUUUGUUCAAGGAUAAGGAGAGGAACUGGGAGGAAAUUGAGAGUAAACUGAGGUCAGAAAGUGACAUACCACUCCUCAAAACAUCUAACAAGGAAAUUUCCUCGAUCCUGCUUGAACUGAAGCGAGUGGAGAAACAGCUCCAAGUGAUCAACGUUAUGGUGGACCCAGAUGGGACUCUGGACGCCUUGGCCAGCCUCGGCCUGACCAGCCCCACGACCCCAACCAAGCCCCAAAACGCCAAAACGUCCCCCCCCUCCGCCAACAACCCUGGGUCGGCACACCCAGCCAAAGAGUCCCUGCCGGAGAUCCUGCCUGGGCCCGGCGGCCCGGCAGCCUCCUCCAGGAUUCAGACCUCGUCUGCCGGCACAGAGAAGUGCACACCAGACCCCAGUGUGGGUCUGGCUCUAGCAGGGGUGGGGGGGCUGCCCUUCAGCCGCAUCAGGCCGAGCGGAGAGGAGGCCAUUGCACAGAAAUAAACAUGAAAGCGGUGGGAAUAAACGGAGUGUGCUUUGGAGUGCAGCCGGCCGCUCAGUAACGCAAGCGUUGAAACAAAAACUGUCAUUGGUCAAACAGCAGGCCGUUCUGCUGGUUAUUUCAUUGUAGGACUUCAGUCAAAACACGAUAUGGAAAUCCAUAGCCCGGCCAGAAAUAAGGUGCUUAAAUCGACCAUUUAGAUGCACUCUCUGAUCAUCAGCGAAUGAAGCACAGACAGACACUCGAGCAGAAAACGACCCAUGAAGGAUCUGAACCGACUGACAACAGCAUCUCAUCCUCCAACUGACCAGCCCGACACGCCUCUGUUUAGCUGUCCACUCUCCCCUGCUCCCCUUGCCUUCUACGUGUGUUUGGACCCUUCCUCCACUAAGGACCUGCCUUAAAACACAUCCACAGUUGUAGCAUCACGACCCCCCUGUCCCUCAAAUGAUAUUGAAAAACAUUUUGAAAGACUUUAACGCAGCUUUUUCAGACAAACUGAAUGCAUUGUAAAAUAAGAUUUUCUCCACAUGCUUUAUUUACACAGAAAUGGAAUACAACAGACCAAUUAUUUAAAGGCUCCAGUUCAGCAGCCUCAGAUAACAUCCCAGGCAAACCCCACGCGCAAGUACACGAGUUUUAAAGCGUCAGCAUUAAAUCUACGUCUAUAGUUUAGAAUGGUAACCGUCCACUGAGCCAAACUGGUUUUAAUGCCUCUCAACCGUUGAGCCCACCUGUUUCCAGCUUCACCUGGAACUGGAAAGACCGUCGCUAUAGUAGCAUUUACUGGAAACAUGUCCUCCCUGGUCCCUGUGCAGCUUAUUUAUAUGAAAUUAUAGUUUUACUCAGCAGAAGCAGCCUUUUGGAAACAAAUUAUUCAAAACAACAACCAAAGUUUACAAGUGUCUCAAUGCAAUAGCAGAGCGAUUUUAAAAUGAAUCCUGUAACGUAAACAUCUAUUGUAACUCAUCCUAUUCCUCCUUUUUUCAGUCAAAAAACCUUUGAUUCAAACUGUUUAUUAUUAUUAAAUGCUUUUUCAAUCAUCAAGGACGGGGGGGAGCAUGCUGGGACCUCGUCCCUCAGCUUUUUUUUCUUGUCUUUAGCUGAAUUUCUUUUCUAAUCGGCUUUUUUUUCUUUUUUUUUUCGAGUCAAAAUAUUCGA